AAAGUGUUCUGAAAUUCAAAUUUAUGGAACCAACACAGCAUAACAGGGCCUCUUAAAUCAAAUUGUCUGUGCAUACAUCUGGGUUUGAAUUAAGAAGCACAGUCCACAGCUUCUACCUCACUGAGGGGUUUCUGGAAACAUCGGAAACACGAGACUCAGUCAGAAGAGGUUUGGACGAUGGCAAUGCGGCAUCAGCUGAUCACAUAUCUCCAUGGCAAUCAUGUUGGGGUCCUCUUUGUUGCAGGUGUUGCUGGAAAUGAUCUUCUCAACAAUCGGACCUGGAAGAAAAACCAGCCAGCACAGGGCUGCAGAUGGAGAAUGGAGACCUGGGUCACAUUAUGCGGGAGCCAGUGACUCUGAAUGUUGGCGGCUGCGUGUACAGCAUGUCUCUGUCAACGCUACAGCGCUACCCAGACUCCAUGCUGGGAGCCAUGUUCGGAGGAGACCUCCCCACCGCCAGGGACGUACGCGGAAACUACUUCAUUGACCGUGACGGCCCGCUGUUUCGCUAUAUCCUAAACUUCCUGCGGACGUCAGAGCUGACGCUGCCGUGCGACUUCAAGGAGACUGAGCUGCUCAGGAAGGAGGCUGACUUCUAUCAGAUCGAGCCCCUGAUUCAGUGCCUGGGAGACCCCAAACCCCUGCUUCCCUAUCCCACAGACACCUACGAGGAAGUGGUGGAGCUGUCCAGCACCAGAAAGCUGUCAAAGUAUUCCAACCCAGUCGCAGUCAUCAUCACGCAGCUCACCAUCACCACCAAGGUCCAUGCAAUGUUAGAGUCCAUCUCGUGCAGUUUCACAAAGUGGAACAAACACAUGAUGGAUACGAGAGACUACCAGGUGUCCUUCACCUUCGGACCAUGUGACCACUAACAGGAAGUCAGCCUGCGUGUCCUCCUACUCGACUUCAUCUCCAAAGCUGGUUUCACAAUACACAACACACGUGUUCAUCACAUGAGUGAACGGGCUAAUGAGAACACAGUAGAACAUCACUGGACGUUCUGCAGACGAGCUCGCAAAGUUGAAUACUGA